AUGAAAGACAACAUCAGAAAUGCAUUAGAAGCUGAGAGGGAAAAGGAACAAGGGAAUGUUUUAUUUUCCAAAGGAGAUUACGAGCUGGCCAUUUUUCACUAUAGCAGAAGUAUCAACUACAUGCCUAAGUGUUCUAUUUUGUUCACAAACCGAUCCUUGGCAUAUUUCAAAAUUGGAUCAUAUCAAAAGAGUCUUGAAGAUGCACUAAAGGCCAAAGAAUUGGAUGAAAAAAAUUUAAAAAGUUAUUAUAGAAUAUGCGAAGCUUACUAUGCUUUGAAUGACAUGGAAAAUUAUCAAAAGUAUGAAAAAUUGUAUAAAGAAAAGAAACAUAAACAGGGGGAUGAUAUAAAGAGGGUGAAGGAGAUUAAGAAUCAGUCAGGGAAAAAAAAAGAAAAAAAUAUUUUACCCAUGCAGAUCGAAUCAACAAUGAAAUUACCUCCUCCACAUGAAAGGGUAGACACCAAUUUGGAAAAUAUAAAAGAAAAGGGAAUUAAAAAAAGUGAUGAAUUAAUGCACAUAUGUGAAAAAAAGGACGAAAAUAAUAAAUUUAUCUUCUUUAAUCAACCCAAAAUUCAUGACAACGCAUCCAAUUUUAAAUUCGAAAAAAAGCCAUACAAAAAUAAUUUCCUAAUAGAAGAAGUAUACGACUUUGACAUGAAUAAGAAACAAAAAAAUUUACUGAAUGGGAACACAACAAAAAAAAAAAAAAAUGAAGAUUUCUAUUCAAAUGAUACAGCUGCGAAGAGGAUUCUAAUAAACCACUCCGAUAUACAUAACGAUGCUGAACUCUUUGUAAAUGAAUUUAGGAACAUCUUCAUGCACCCUACCAACACAAUUUCUGUACAUAUUCAGAAAGAAACAAAAGAAAUAAAAUAUUGGAAUUAUGCUAAUGAAGAUUUGAAAUUUUUAAAAAAAAAAGCAGAUGAUUUUUUUUCAGGAAAAAAAUUCGAUUCUGCCAUGGAGUUGUAUAAUGAAAUUAUUAAGCAGCACGAUAGCGAAAAUGGAAUACACUACUGCACAGUACUAAGCAACAGAAGUGCUUGUCAUAUUGAACUGAAAAAGAUACGAAGUGCUCUCUGUGAUGUUAGUAAAACGUUAAAUAUUCUUUUUACAUUUUUUGAAAAACAUAGAAAAAAUAUAACGAGCGUAGAUGCUCAUGUACCUGUAUCACCUUCUGUGCAUGAAAAGGAAUUAGCAUUUGCUCAAAUAGACAUAGAUGUUUACAGAGGUCCCAAGGGAAUAUAUUCCCAAGCACACAAAUUGUUAAUAAAGUUAUUAUUUAGAUAUGUGAAGUUUUCACAUUUGUAUGAAAAAAAUGGGUUUAUGAUUCCAUCUCCUCACCAAGUGGAUACUCUUGGACGCAUGAAGGGAAUAUGCUACAUAAACUCUGGAGAAUUUGAAAAAGUGAUAAAUAUAAUUUCACGCUGA